UCAAGCAGUGUACUUAUAUAGAAUCUGACUGAUAAACAGCCAUGAGAAGGAGGCUUUGCUGUGGUGGGAAACCUCAUUUUAAAGGAUGAAGGAAAAACUCGCAUGUUGUGUCUGCUUUUUUCUACUGGCGUUUUGGUUUGAACACGUAAAGCAGAGAAAUUAAACAUGAAGAAAGAAAAAAAUAUUAAGCACAACAAGCAACAAGCAAACUCACAUGUGGAGAAACACUUUAAAGUUUUAAAGAGAUCUCAAUUCUCUCUCUCUCUCUCUCUCUCUCUCUCUCCCAGUUCAGAAAUGGGCUGGUUCUCUCGGUGAUGUCACCUCGCUCCUGUGUGGACAUUUAUUCCACACAGUGUGCAUCUCCCGUUCGUCUCCAUAGAGAAGCGGUUCACCCUAACGCAAGUAGCAUUACGCAUGACAUGGAUGCCGCAGGAGCGAGUUUAUUCGCGGAGUCUUUGCGGAUUGUGAACUCUGUUUCUCUCGCAGUUUUCUCACACAGUCGACAUCUGAUGUGCGUGUCGGAUCUGCUGGAAGGACGUGUGUUAAACAGUUUGCUGUUUCAGGACAUCACGUCUGCAGCCUCCGUGUCUUAUGUGGGCUGCACUCGAUAGUGACCAGGAGCUUUACGCGCAGCCGAUCCCCAUGCUUUAGCAACACAGCUCAGCGCACCCAGCCGUAGAUGUUUCGAAAAAGAACAGGGUGAAAUAACAAAGAUGAUACAAACGGACAGUUUGCAGACAGAAUGGAUUUAACCCAGCUAAGCCUCUUGGUGGAAAAUGUUUCCAACGAUGAAAACACCACCGACGCACCGUUCACUCUGCCACACACAGAGGCAGCCACCGCACUCAUCAUCCUCGUGGUUACAGUGAUCAUUUCGGUCACAAUUGUUGGUAAUGUGUUGGUGAUUGUAGCGGUUCUUACUAGCCGGGCUCUCCGUGCCCCUCAGAACCUUUUUCUGGUCUCUCUUGCAUCGGCGGACAUCCUGGUGGCCACACUAGUAAUCCCCUUCUCCCUCGUCAACGAGGUAAUGGGCUACUGGUACUUUGGAAGUACUUGGUGCGCCUUCUAUCUAGCUCUGGAUGUGUUGUUCUGCACCUCAUCCAUCGUGCACCUGUGCGCCAUCAGCCUGGACCGAUACUGGUCAGUAACAAAGGCGGUUAGCUACAACCUGAAACGGACACCUAAGCGCAUCAAGUCCAUGAUUGCGGUGGUGUGGAUAAUAUCUGCUAUCAUCUCCUUCCCUCCUCUCCUCAUGACCAAACACGAUGAACGGGAGUGCCUGCUGAAUGAUGAAACCUGGUACAUCCUCUCAUCCUGCCUGGUCUCCUUUUUCGCUCCCGGUCUCAUCAUGAUUCUGGUAUAUUGUAAGAUUUAUAAAGUUGCCAAGCAGCGCUCCUCCACCGUGUUCGUGGCUAAGAAUGGCCUGGAGAGGCAGCCCUCUCAGUCAGAGACCUGUUUUGUCAGGAAGGACCGGUUCGAAAUGGAGAGCCCUAGCAGUCAAAGCUCCGGCAGCCAUCCGCAAAAGCAAGGGGAGCUGGACGACAUCGACCUGGAGGAGAGCUGCUGUGCGUCGGAUACGAAACCCCGACACCAUCGCUUCACCAAGCGAAGGAAAGUCGAGGGAUCGGACAGUUGCCCACCCCAGAGCUGCCGACUGUCCUGGGCUUCAGCCCGGGCGUUACAGCUUUACCCGGAGCAGAAGAACCCAGCUGGGCGACAACAGCUGGCCGCAGCCAACAAGACCAAAGUGGCCCAGAUGCGGGAGAAGCGCUUCACCUUCGUCUUGGCGGUAGUGAUGGGGGUGUUUGUGCUCUGCUGGUUCCCCUUCUUCUUUACUUACAGCCUGCAUGCUAUCUGCAGAGAGAGCUGCUACAUCCCCGCCGCACUUUUCAACCUUUUCUUUUGGAUUGGCUACUGCAACAGUUCUGUAAACCCCAUAAUCUACACCAUUUUCAACAGGGAUUUCAGAAAAGCUUUUAAGAAAAUCAUAUGCAGGACUUCAAAACGCACAUGAAAGGUUGAAAAAUAAUUUGCUGGCUCUCAAAAACAUUGGGAAGAAAUUAUAGUAUUAUAACUUAUUGCUCUUGGCUGACUAUUCUACUACUCCAUCAUUUAAAUGUAAUGUUUAGCAUAUGAAAAAAUAUCCAGUGUUAUGUACACAUUAAAUUGUCUAUAAUUGAAAUAAAUCAUUAUAUAUACUCGACCAUUCCUGCAGCAAGCCCAGAUAUUUCCGGGUAAGGUGAAGUCAUGGUCACUUCUGUUGCUGGACUCUGAGUGUUGGCAGCUGGUCACUGUGGGUGCCUAGAUAAAUAGAAGAUUAAUCUCCAGUGUCUA